AAUGACUGCAGACAAGUGGAUUUUCGUUUUUGCCCUGUGCUUCAUGAGUGCAUCGUCAAAUGAUGAGCGGAAAUCUUGCAUACCGGACAUUUGUCAGACACACAUGCUCAGCGCUCCACUUGGCUCAUCUGUACUUCUCCCAUGCCACUUUACAAGCAACAAGGACAGCUGGGUGUCAUGGGCCCAUCCUGUAAUUGACCUGGUCAAUCUCACAUCUAAAGGAUUUAUUAAGUUCCUAGACCCCAAAAGUGGCAGACUGAAGGUUUUUCCAAACCAAGCCUCAAUGGGGAACUACACCAUCAGAAUCGAUGAACUUGAGGUCUCUGACCUGGGGUGUUAUCGCUGUGUGUGGAAAAAUAACUGCCAUCAAGUAGAGUUGGUUGCUGAAACAUAUACACUGAGCAAAGAUAUAUGGCUAUGGAUUUACAUCUGUGCUGGCGUGGCUACUUUCUUCCUGUUGAGUGUUUGCCUAAUCUCCUUGUUCUGUAGGAACAGAAAACAGUACAAUACAAACAAUCCUGUACGUGCGGGAAUUGAGGUUCAUUCAAGUGGCGCUAUACAAGGUCCUACCACAGGCGCCAGUGCUCCACCUGAGGAAAUAGGCAGUGCACCAGUACAACGAGUACAGCAGGUCAAUAACCAGCAUCACCAUCCACAUGUGCUGCCUUUUCCUAGAGAGGCAAACACAAAUAAUCUUGUUUAUGAGAAUGACGACCAAGUCCCAGCCAACUGGCAGGGUGACCCGGCCAGAAACCAUAGUUGUCUCCCUGGAGUUCUGCCUGAGCUGGACAGGCCUCAAACCACUCCAAGCACCAGUGGGAUUUAUCCAAACUUAGACCAGUUUAACGGUGAAAGGUUGGAAAGUCAGACCAGAAGGAGCUUCCAUAGAGAAUUCUUCAACAGAUUACGACAAGCAAGUCGACGCUAUUAUGCCAACCAAAGUGAAAUCAACAGGCAGCAAGCUCUGUCAGCUCAGGCUGAGCAUCAUCGCAGAGGUGUUGGGAAGAAGAAAGCCAAAGACAAGUGUGAAUACCAAAACCCGAUUUACAACAGGAGCACAGACCACCUCGACCAGUUGUAGAGAGCAAAGGUCAAAGUUCAAGCAGCUGUUGACAUCAUUUUAGUAUCAGUGUCUUUUCACAGUGUUAUUGAUUAUUCAAUUUUACAUACUACUGUAAACUUGAUACGUCUUUUGAUGUUUGUUUUUUGUUUAAUUGCACUGUACGUCACUGUCUGUACAUCUAUUGAGACAAUAAGUGAUAGUUGUUU